GAAAAAAGGAAAAGUUAAAGAAGUCUUAUCCAGUAGACAACUCUCAAGUGCAAUCCAGUAGACGAAGAGCAAAGCAGAGGGUAGCAGCCAUGGCGAGCCUCUCCAUUUCGACCCUCACCUUCCCUUCCAAGUCCAAUCUCACUAAACCCUCUUCCUCCUCCGCCUUCCACGGCGUUAGGAUAGUGCAUUUGUGCCCCACGCGCCGCCCCAGUGUCUCUUCCGUUCGGGCUUCUCAUCCACCUUCGUCGUCUGUGGUGAUGAUGGCGAAAAAAGAGGAGGAAUUGAAGGAAAUCAGAGCCAAGUCCACUGAAGAGCUAAAUGAGGAAAUAGUGGACCUUAAAGGAGAGCUUUUCAUGCUCCGCCUCCAGCGCUCUGCCCGGAAUGAGUUUAAGUCCAGCGAAUUUCGCCGCAUGCGCAAAAGGAUAGCUCGCAUGCUUUAAGAGGGA